AUGGUGGUGGACCUCAUCCUCGCUGCCUGGGUCCGACUCUAUCAGUACCAAUAUGCAACAUACAUCAAGCAGAAGGACAACGUGCAGGAGAUGGCUGAGUUCUCCCUGGCUGGCAUAAAGCAGGUAGAUGCAGUGAGAUAUCAGUGCCAGUACCAGGGGUUGGAGCAACCAGGAACAUCGGAGAAGAGUGACCCCGUGGAGCUGGUGAUCACAGGUAUUCCCCCACCUGGCAUUUCCCUCAGCCCUGAGGAACACGUGGAGAUGGGGACCAAUGUCACCAUCCGCUGCUGGAACAACAUCUAUGGGGUCGCCUUCUACCUGCACAAGGAUGGGCUCUCAGCCCCUAUUCAGCACCAAAAACACAGUGUUGGGGGCACAGCCACCUUCACCCUCUUUGGGGUGACCCCAGCUGAUUCCGGCACAUAUAGGUGCUCCUACCGCAUCGUGGGCUUCUGCCUUCUGUUCUCACCCCUUGGGGAUAAUGUGACCCUGGAAGUGAUUCCCAGACCUGCAAUCCCAGGUGACAAUGGGGGUGCCAGCAGGGACCUGGUGGCAGUAGUGGUGGGGCGCUGGGUUGCUGUGAUUGUCUUCAUCAUCAUCCUUACUGUCUCUGUCCUCCUCGUUGCCCAGAGAAGACAAAUGCAGAGACAUGAGAGGACUGGUGACACCUCCAGAAGCCCCGAGGCUGUGCAGUUCCAGGUGUCCCCUGGUGACAGCGAGGGUCUGACCUACGCCCAGCUGCAGGCUGUGACCCCCAGCACCCACCCCCCCGCCUCUUCUACCACUCCUGAACCCCCCAUUAUCUACGCCGAGGUGGGCACGCGGGUACCCUGCUGAUGCCCCCAGAUGUGUACGCAAACACGGGUGUGUUGUGUGCACACAUGGACUUCAAGGGUGCACAGUGCCAGUGUGCUCGGUGUGCUCACCAUCACGUGUGAAUUACAGCCAUGUACCUGUGCGUGUGAACACGUGGAUGUGUAUUAAACGGGUGUGCACCAUCCCAUGUGCACAACAGAUGUACAAA